CCUUAUAUUAAGAUCAUCUCUGUUGGCUGAUGUGCCUACCACGUGGCAAGGCCAAUGGGGCAAACGGAGGGGGCACCAAAAGGGCAUCCCAUUUUCCAGUAAAUAAUACGCAACGCAGUCAAAUGGUCACUGCUUUAAACCUCUAAAAACCCUGUAAAAUCAAAAUCCCCAUCUCCUUUGAUCCUCUCUUCGACUUGUAUCGACCCCUAAGCAACAUAUGGGAACCAGGGGAGUUAUUAGUGAUAAGUGGUCUAUGAGGGUUCUGUGGCUCUGUGCAAUUGGAAGUGCAGUGGGCCUAUAUAUGGUUGCUGUAGAAAGACAAACGCAGAACAGGAACCGGAUGUUGGCUGAGAAUUUGAAGGCAAUGGAGGGUGAAGGCAGCGACGAGCAUGCUUAAAUACAGGCAUGUAACAUGAUAGAAAGUUUGUAAAAUCUUUUUAAAGUGCUUUCCCAGGUUUCCAGAUUGGGCCAUCUGUUUAUGCACAAUGUUUCUUCUUUCCCUUUUUCUCCCUUCUCAUGGCAUCAAAUUUUCCAAACUGGUCGGCAGGCCUCUCAUUGAUAAUUAUUUACUUUCUUUUUAAGUUUAGACCAUAAAUUUAUCCCAUGCCAACUGUGAUUUAUACACAUUAUGUUCCUUGAGGGAUCGCCAUUAGGUUUAUAAUGGCAAAUUGAAUGAGUUUACUGGA